CGCUUGGACGUUGUUCACAUUGUUAUAACUUUAAACGUCUUUAAUUUCACAUAGUUUUAAUCAUAAUUACCUGCUGUACAUUGUUUUUUGGCAAUUAGUACAGCUUAAUACUGACUCAAUUUGAAAGGAUAACAUUAGCGUUUAUGUUCAUGUGAUAGCACGGAUGUCGACAGAAAGCCUAAAUCACUUGAGCGACGUUGAGUUGCAUAGAAAACUUUUACAACAUGGUUUUCCAAGCACACCGGUAACUGAAACCACGCGGCCGAUUUUAAUAAGAAAACUAAAGAAACAUGUGAAGAAUGAGAAGUUGAAAAAGAGAAAAUCAUCAAACUAUGUUGUUUACUCAAACGACAUGCACAAUAGAAAUACCUCUUCUGCGUGGGAUCAACCAUCUUUCCCUAUGAAACAAAGCGUUUAUGGAAAUGUUUUGGAAAACAAUAACGGAUUAAGAAAUUACAAUAAAAAUUUGGACAACUCGGAAGAACUUGGUCCUACCAUAUUAACAACUCGCAUGUACGCUCCACCACCAGUUGUGGCGUCUGAUUAUGACAGCGAUGGAGAUCCAAUAAAUAGCGCCAGCAAAUAUCGUAAUAUCUGUCCAAUACCCUGCCCCAUAGAUACCUCAAAUUCAUACGCAAAACCAAAUUCAAUUACCAGCUCUUCUGAUGGGGGCGUUGUAAACAGACUGCUUAGUUUUCGGGAUACUACGAUUCAAAGGAAAUUUAACCCAAGAGGACCCUAUACUGUACAUGUUUCCAAGAACCACACAAGAACCGACAGCGUCACAGCAAGGCGUCUUGGAAUGUCGGACUUAAGGGACUUUUUUAAGAAACCGGAGCUCAAUCAGUACACAAUACCUCAGGUUCUUAUAGCUGCAUUGCUUAUCUUUCUGGCAAUAAUUAUAGUACUAUAUAUUUCAAAAAAAUCGGAUCAAAACCUACUUGAUCAAACGGUUGUUAAAUACAAAUUAUGUGGCCCAAACGACGUGGACGUCCCAUUGGUAUCAGAUCAAAUAAUGUGCAUCGGAAGUGAUAUGUUAAAAAGUGCUUUGCAAAUAACCGAAGCCCUAUUUAAAUUUUUAAACGAACGUGCACGACAACAUCACUGCUUGAAUGGAAAUCUCAGUCCCGUUAUUGAAAUGAGCGAAUUUAUAAUGCAGUUAAGUGGAGAAAGCCGCACACAUAUACCAAGCCUGCAAAGCAAACUAAUUGCUGCGAAAUAUCUGAUAACCCAGAAUCCACAGUGGAUGAUAAAAAUAAUUAAACCAUCUGAUACCACAGUGGAACAAAUUCCCAGUUCAUUAAGUUAUUUAUCGUUCGAAAUGAUGCAACCAAAUUUACCCCUUAGGUGCAUUAUUUCUAAAAAACUAGCUCGUUUCUUUACAAUUAUUGGCUCAAUAAUCGUUAUAUUGGGAAGUUGCCUGGCUAUUUACUAUGCUGUAUCCACUUACCGAAAGAUCAAAAAAGAACGAUUAUUCGCAGCCGAAAAACUAUCCAGGGAAAUAAUAAGUGAAUUGAUUUACUCGAGUUCACAAUCUGAGAACUCUGAAGUAACCAUAAAUCAACUGCAAGAAAAGCUUUUGCCACAGGGCAAGCGUUCUAAAUAUCUUCAUACUUGGAAUAGAGCAGUUAAAAUUAUAGAGGAAACUGAGAACCAUGUUUUGUUCGGAAUGGUUAUACGUAAUGGGGAGAAACUUCGAACGAUGGCGUGGAAUGGAAAUGUGGAUAACAGGGAGAUAGGCGUGACUAAGAAGUGGCAUAGUCCUGCAUUUGAUAAUACAAACAAGAUUACCAAGCCGCCUACGUCUUGUUUAAAAAUUAGGCACAUGAUCGAACCUGCGGAGGUCGACAAUCCAAACCUGAAGCAGCAAAUCGUGGAUGCAAUCUUUGAAAAGGUCGGCUCACGUUGCAAAAUAUGCGAUAUCCAGUUAGACACACAAUCUUGUUGCGUGUAUCUCCGUUGCGGCAGUGAGGCAGAUGCUGGAAUAGUCCAUAGCGAGAUCAAUGGAUGGUGGUUCGACAAGCGUCUAAUAUCAAUUAAAUUUUUGCGCCUUGAACGCUAUCUCAGCCGUUUCCCAAAAUCGAACACCGAACCAACAUACUUCCCUCCAAGCGAUAUUGCUACCCAUAAUCGUUCAUAAAAUAAAAUUUAAUUUUGUCAAUGUUGGUCAGCUACUUAAGAAAUUAAAAAGUAAACUUCGA